AUGGAUUGCGCGCACUGGAGCACUUUGGAUUUGCUGGGUGUAAUGGGAUGUCAAGCUACUACUAAUGGUGUUUCUGCAGUGACCUACAGGCAGAGGGGAAGCAAAGUUUGUGUGGAGGCAGACCAUUGGAGUUCAGGGGAAGCUUCUCCACAUGCAGCAAUUCACUUUGAAAAUAGGAAAAUAAAGUUCAGGAGAUUAAAAAAAACCCCUAAAUUGCUUGUACAUUUGAAUUUCUUACUGUUUCUCCAUCGGCUAGCAGAAGAAGCCAGGACAAACGCUUUUGAGAACAAAAGUAAAAUAAUUAAACCUGAGCACACUAUAGCUGCAGCAAAGGUUAUUUUAAAGAAAAGCAGAGGCUAG